AUGAGUCCAUUGAGUCCAUUGAGCCCUACGGGCUCGACCAAGGCAAAUUUGUUUAGAAACAGAGUCCCAACACAACUAAGGAGAUGUCUGCCCUUGUAUAUCGCUUGUGUUUGCAUAAUCCUCCUCGUUCUCAACAUCGACUUGUUCGGAUCGAUGCCCAAACCUGUACACCUCUCGAAGCGUGGCGGCCGUCACUCAAAAGCAAGCACUCGUGGAUUCCCCAAGAAGAUAUGGCAGAGUUGGAAGGUUGCACCCUUCUCAUUCGAGGCCGAGCAGAUUCUCACUGCGCGGACUUGGACGGACAAGAACCCCGGGUACCGGUACGAAGUUCUCACCGACAACAACGACAUGGAGUACGUUGAGGAACACUAUGGCCCUGACGGGUUCGAUCGCCCGGACAUCGUCGACAUGUACCGCAACGUGAAUGCCACCAUCAUCAAGGCUGACCUCCUCCGCUACAUGAUCAUGUAUGCCGAGGGAGGAGUCUACGCCGAUAUUGAUGUCGAGGACCUCCGACCUGUCAGCCGAUGGAUCCCGGAAAGAUACAACGAGGCCGACCUGGACCUUGUGAUUGGAGUCGAGAUUGACCAACCGAACUUCAAAGACCACCCAAUUCUCGGCAAGAAGUCCAUGUCCUUCUGUCAAUGGACAUUUAUGUCGCGACCCGGUCACCCUGUUAUGCUGAAGCUUGUCGAAAACAUCAUGGCGUGGCUCAGUGAUGUAGCUAAGAACCAACGUGUACCCAUCUCAGCAGUCAAGCUUGAUUUUGACGAGGUGAUCAGCGGCACUGGCCCUUCUGCAUUCACCAAAGCCGUCCUGGAUGUCAUGAGCGCGCGUUCUCGAUCCGGGCCGAUUACUUGGGACACAUUCCACGACAUCGACGAGUCAAAAGUUGUUAGCAAUAUUCUCGUCCGCAACGUCGAGUCCUUCGCCGCUGGCCAGGGACACUCCGAUUCUGGGAACCAUAACUCCAGAGGUGCUCUCAUCAAGCACCACUACCACGCGUCAAACUGGCCCAGUCGUCACCCUCGCUUCAGGCACCCUAUUUUCGGCGAGGUGGAGAGGUGCAAUUGGAACAUUGAGUGUGUCAUUAAGUGGGAUCAAGAUAUUGCCGCCUUCAACUCCCUCUCCCCAGAGGAACAAAAGCAAAAGGUCGAGGAUCACGAGAACCUCCAGAAACUUCAAGCACAACAGAAUCAGCAAAAGGCAGAACAGCAAAAGGUCGCCGAGAAAAUGGCUGCUGAGCAGCCUUUGAUGUUCCCGCCGCCUCAACAGCCUCUUCAAUUACCUCCGGCAGAUCCCGCAACACAAGAGGAGCUGAAGAUGGUAUGA